AUGGCCCCCGACACUCCGCCCGCAAGAAAAACGCGAGGACCACGUGUUUCGCGGGAAAACUGCGAUGCGAUGGCCAAACGCCUGCUUGCGCGCCAUGUGCCGAUCGGGGUCAUCGCUGUGUUUAUCCGGCCACUCAGAGACUGCGCGGGCCUGGAAAGAGCCAUAUGCAGUAAACAACGGAUCGAGGCCCUCGAAUGGCGCUUGGCUGCCCUGGAGUCGAGGCUCCGGCGCGAGUCGAGAACCGACUUGUCCGAAACAGCUCUCAGGUCCCCUGAAUCACUGGUGUCGGGCACCCAAGCAAGCCAUACAAGCCAUGCGAGCCAAGCGAGUUCCUCGCCCCCCCACACUGCGGACAUUACCGCGUUUGGAGGGUUUAUGCCACCCUUUCACCAGCUAUCUCCGCAGUUUACCAUCGAAGAGUCCUCGAAACCGCUCGACCGCAUCGUCUUGUCACCCCUGAGAGUAGAAGGGCCCGAGCUGGGGCUGAUAGAACAGUUCCUCGGAGAUGUGUGCGCAGAGCUUCCGUUCAUGGGGAUACAGUGGUUUAUCGACCAAAUGAGACUCCCCAGUACACAUGCAGCCGGCGUACCAGAAGCCUGGUGGCAAGGCAUUACCAACGCACUCGUCGCAAAUGUUACGUACUUCAAGACAUCCAAGACCCCCUUCCGAGAGGUAGCGGCAUACGCCUGGACCUUUUUCCGCAACGCCUAUGCCGUGCUCCCGGAGCUCAUCCUCCACGGGAAUAGCCUGGGCGCGGUGCAAGCUAUCCUGGCCAUGGCCAUGUUCAUGCGGCAGUCAGCAGAUACGAGGGCAACAGCGCUCCUGUUCUCGCUCGCCGUUAGGAUGGAACUAUCGGCGGGGAUAGAUGUCAAGGCCGCCUCCGAGAGGAAUCCGGAUCCAGUCGAUGAGGAGAAUCGUAACCGGCUUUUUUGGGCUACCUUCAUCCUCGACAUGGACAUGGCAGUGAACACCGGACUCCCUCCCGUGCACACGGAGGAGGUAGUCACGGCGGACCGGCCAGGUGGGCAUUGCCUCAAGCAUGGGUCAUUAAACCCUGCAGAUGCCCUUAGUCACGGGGGCUGGGGGGAUAUUGUCUUCAGGCUUAGGGCGGAGCUUGCUGGAAUCCAGCGGCGCAUCGCGACCCAGUUCACUGCUCCCGACCAGGCUGAGCUGUUCGCCUUAGAGGCGGAGAUUGAGGCAUGGAGCCUCCGUGUCCCGAUCAGCAUUCGCCCUGACUGGCCUGACAAACCCCAGACCAUCGGCAGCGACGAGGCCGCGGACGUGUCCGUCGCCAUGUUACACUUGGCCUACUACAACAGCGUGACCAUGAUCUACUGGGCCGCCAUUCGGCAUGCCAAAUCGCAAAUAGUGGAACCGGCCCCAGCCCUCGAUCCUCCCCACGGCCCAGUGCAGGACGACCGAAUGAGUGGCCACAAAAGUGUGGCGAGGGCCGCCUCCAGGGCCACUAUAUGCGCCAUCUCACGAUUCCCCACACAGGUAUUUCCCGAGCUCUGGAGAGCAUUGUACCACCCAGUUGCCGCCAGCAUCGCCCUCUUGGCCCUCGUUUGCAAGGAGCCAACACACCCCGAAGCGCAGGGCGACUUGUUGCUGCUUGGUUGGUUUGCUGGGUACUUGGAAAGGAUGGUGCGCGAUGAGGGCUACGAUUUGGAAAGAAUGCGAGACGGGAUCUGCACGUUCGAGAAGGUCGCGAGUCACGCUGUUAGCGCCGCCAUGGCUUCUGACAUGCCAGUCAACCCGGCGUUAUGGCCCCUGAACGUGGCAUCAGGCCAUACCGGCAAGGCGAGUAACUUUUGCUUCAUGAGCAACACGCCAAAUCGGGACCUCGACAACGCGAAGCAACUUGCCGAUAUCAUGGGUCUCCAGUGGGGCAAGAAUGAUUACGGCCCUUUCGUCCCAGAUUCCUUGAUGCCAGCCACGUACGGGUUCGCUUUCGGCUCUAGCGGGUUCCGGUAG